UGCUGACAAGUGGGUGAUGGCCGCCUGACAUAUCACCUUCGUCGAGAUCUACCGACCUGCUUCGCGUGCAUGUUAAACGACGGCGUGAACGGUGAUGAAAAGGCGAUUUCUCAUCAAUUGAUCCAUCUGCCCUAACGAGCGGAGCGUCAUUUAUGCGUGAGAGGGACUCUGACAGCAAUAUGAUCAAGACCGGCGAGAAUAACCUGAGGCACCUCAACUUUCAGCAGACGGUGGAAUUCACCGGACAGGAGGAUCAGUAUUCGGUAGAAUUGUGCAGCACCAAUGUGACCAUUGUUCCGUCGCCUGGUGGUCACGACCAUGGUAGCUCCAAAGUAAAAUUGAAAAAUAUCGUUGAUUUCACAUGGGAGCAUCAUCUUUACACCGGUCAAUUGUUGGCUGUUCAUGUAUCUGGAAAAUAUCUAGCCUAUUGUAUAAAAGUUGGUACAGGUGGUGGGGUAGUUCGUGUUGUGUACAAGGAAUUGGAACACAGAGCUCUACUGCGUGGAAUGCGCGGUGCUAUUCAGGAUCUUGCAUUUGCUCAUGUUUCAAAUGUAGUUCUUGCGUGUAUCGAUCACUCAGGAACGCUCUUUAUACACACGAUUGAACCAACGCCGUCAGAAUUAUUAUGUAGCUUAGUGAUACAAGUUGACGCGGAAGACGCUCCCUCGAUCAGCCACCGGGUGAUCUGGUGCCCGUACAUACCGGAGGAUGACGCCUCCGACGGGGACGAAGUGUCAAAGUUGUUGGUUUUAACUCGUGGUUCUAAGGUUGAGUUAUGGUCGAUCGCAACGAUGGCGUCAAAGUUUAGAUCGAUAGAAGCGACCAAUGAAGCUGCCAAAGAGUGCGGCGGCAUGAUGGAAAUUGAACAACACUCAGGUACAAUCGUCGAGGCGACAUUUAGCCCAGACGGCACUGCAUUGGCCACAGCUAGUACCGACGGAGAAGUGAAAUUCUUCCAAGUCUUCCUACAUAAUAAUUCUCACAAUGGGCAGCCGCAACCACGUUGUUUGCACCAGUGGAGGCCUCAUGCGGGACGACCUAUCUCCUGCUUGUUCUUCCUCGACGAUCACAAGAACUACCAUCCGGAUGUUCAGUUUUGGAGGUUUGCUGUGACGGGGUGUGACAAUAAUUCGGAAUUGAAAGUAUGGUCGUGCGAAGUAUGGAGCUGCUUGCAAACGAUUAAAUUUGCCCCGACCCCUUCCACGGGCAAAAUGCCGGUACUAAAAGCAGGCUUGGACCUCAGUGCUGGAUAUCUUUUGCUAUCGGAUAUAUAUAAUAAGGUUUUAUAUAUACUAAGCCUUUCGAAGGACAGAGGCGAAGCUUUAGCGUGCGUGAGCACAGUGUCGGAGUUUCUCCUGCCAUAUCCAAUCUUGAGCUUUGGAAUCGUUGACGCCGGCCAGCGUAAGAUACGCUCGAGCGGCGAGUCAUUGGAGGAUCUCUGUCCGAUGAGCGACGAAGAGAUCGAGGAUCAGCUGAUAAUACGCAUGUAUCUAGUCCAGCCGAAAUCACUGCAAGAAUGCCACAUUGCAUUUAAGCCUGCCGCGCAAGUGAGCGGCAACUGCCUCCUUGACACACUUAUACACGAAUCGCUGGAUUACUCCGAGGAUCUACCAGACAUCGGGACCGCCAAUCACAAUGGCAUUCCCAGUAAAAAUUGCGACGAAGAGCGCUCUUUGCCCGCCACGAUCGAAGCAACGAUUAAUCACAACACCGGUGGCUUAAAUCUGAUGACACCCGACGCGUUCAGCUCGCCGUCGAAGAAGGAGAAUAACGAGCUGGAGUCUAACACCGCGAGUCCGGAAUUGGGGAAAGUUAUAUCCAGCAGUCCGUCUCUCGCACAAGCGGUGCAAGCAUUGAACGUAUCCGAUCCACCGCUCGCGACCAGCGAGAUGGAGGAACAAGCCCCCGCUAGCUCUGGUAGUAGCCCGUCGAGAGAAGUUCGAGAAAUUUUGUCUUGCAGUAAACCCGACGAGGAAACCGAGACCGAUUGCAAGCCGGAAACGAAAACUGACGAAGAUUGGUCCAACAUCCCGAUGGUGUUGCUCAAGGACGUUCACGCGAUGCAGGAAACGGAGGAAUUCCCUGAGGACGAUGAGAACAAUGUGCAGAGGAAGAAGGACGAGCCGAAGGCUCUCUCGACGGACAAUACCGGGAUGUCGUGGCCAGCGCACGAUGACAUCAAUAAUCUCGAAUUGAAAUUAGCGCCGAUCUUGGAGAUAAUCCAAAGUCAGAAUCAAGAACUGAAGGCAUUGCGCGCGGAGGUGAGCAGAUUGCAACAGGAGUCGCCGGUGUUCGCGCGAGUCGAGUCCACAUUGGCGAGGAUGGCUCAGCAGCAGAAUGCCAACCUGGAACAGACCCUGUACAGCCAAAUGGCGCAUCAGCGUGAAUUCCUCAACACAUUCGAGACAACGAUCAAAGAUAAGAUUGAAACUACCUUGCCACGUGUAGUCGAGGAGACCGUGGAGCCUUUGAAGCAUCAGAUACAGUUAGACGUGAAUCGAAUGAACGACCUCCUCAAGAAGAAUGUAACUGAAUUGAUAAACGGUGCGCAUGUGAAGGACAGCUUAGCUUUAGCGGCUGCUAAUGCGGCUAAACCAGCCUUGGAUGCUGCUUUCAAAGAAGCGUUCGCUACUGUCAUUCUGCCCGGCAUAGAAAAGACUUGCCAAUCCAUGUUUAAACAAAUCCAAGAUUCCUUUGUCAUAGGUACUCGCGAAUAUCUACAGAGUAUCGACGCCAUCAUCGACAAGCAGUGUCAACGACAUAACGAACAGCUGAGCGAGGCCUUGUCGACGUUGGUGCGCGAAGAAUUGCAGACUGAAUUGAAUCGAAAUUUCCGAACGAUGCAAGACGGCACCAUUCGAGCGAUUCGUGACUCCAUACGGGAGAAUCUCAGCCAACAGCUCACCGAUAUCUCGAGCGCACGAUCAAGAGCCACCACACCCGCUAUACCAGUAGCCGCAGCUGAUGCCCAAGCACGUAUAAUGUCUCAUCUUCAAAAGGGCCAGUACAACGCCGCGUUUCAACAAGCUCUGAGCGCGAGUGAUUUAGGUUUGGUAGUGUUAGUAUGUGAACGAACGGAACCCUCGACCGUGUUCUCAUGCGCGGGGGCUCAAGGUUCCAGGUGUAUUCUACAGCAACCCGUGAUUCUCUCGCUCGUUCAGCAGUUAUCCGCUGAUCUGGGACAUCGUACAGAAUUGAAGCACAGAUGGCUGGAAGAAGCGAUAUUGAACUUGGACGUGAAUGAUCCCGUGACGCGAGAGCACAUUGGCACUGUGUUAAUAACGCUGCAAAAUCAACUAGGCGCCUUUUUAGCGAGUAAUCCGAAUCAUCGAUCGGCACGCCGUAUGAAAAUGCUGGCUAUGGCUGCUCGUGCCCUACUAAGUCAGCAUCCUUGACCGCCACGCUUAUGAGCUCGCUCAAAUAUACAAUGUAAGAUUUUAUACGUUCUGUUUAAAGACUACUUUUGUCUAAAAGCAAUAUUCGUAGAAGUCGUGUUUAUGAAGUUGGCAGUGAUUUAUAUAAAAUAUGGAACACAACUAUACUUGUAAGGAUUCAUUAGCACUCACAAUUGCUUUACAAUAUAUUCAGAGAUUUCGUUUAAUUUCAAGAGAAUUUUAUGUAUAUAUCUCAUACAUAUAUAUACAUACAUAUAUCUCAAUGAUGCAGUAAGUUAUCACUCAUUGUUUACAAUUCAUAGGUGUUUCAGUGAAAUGUUAUUUUAACAGUUCAUAGGUGAAUUCAAUGAAAUUUUAUUUUAAUUGUACGUGAAUCGUUUGAUUCUAGGCUAUUAAAAGAGAGAUUUUUCUGUCGUGCGUUGUUGCAUAAUAUUGGAUUUAAACUUUCGGCGGUUGCAAAUGUUAAUUUUCAACAAUGAACAGUGACAAUGAAUUGUAACAUUUCUUCAAGUUGCUUAAACUCUUUAUACCUAAACAUUGACAGCACGUGGACUUCAUGAUCUAUUAUCACAUUUAACAAAUCAUAUAUUCAUAGGAGAGAUUGUAAAAAAUUUUUAAUUAAAUCGUAAUCUCUUGAAGAUUUUGCUUAAUAGCCGUUUAGGAAAUCAAUUUUUUGACUGAAAAAGAUUCUAUAUUUUUAUGACUAGCAAUUUACGAACUUUAGGAAGAGUCUACAUUGGAAUGAAUAUAUAAUAUCACAUAAUAAUUAUAAUAGUUAAUCAAAUGAUAAAAUCAGAAUUUGUUUUACACGCGUAAUUCGGUUUGAGUAUUUAUAUGUUUGACAGAAAAGUAGUCAGCAUUGUUGUUUGACAAUGAUUAUCUCACAUAUGUACACGUACGAUAAUAUAGUAUUAAACAUUAUCUGAAAGUCCUUAAACAAAGGCUGUAAAUAAUUGUGCCACCUACAUCGAAAAAAAAAUUAUUUUCCAAUGUUUCUAUGCUUUCUACAUGUGGAUGUUCCUAAUUCCAGAUUUACGUGUUCAAAUAUACGUUUAAAUAUUAUACUAAGAAGAUAGCUCGUAUAUCCAAAGGAUAUUGUACAUUUUUCUCCGAGGAAACUGAUAAUUUUAUUUACUUAUUUUUCUCAUAUAGUCACUAUAUUUUCACGAUGUUUAAAAGGUUAAUGAUCUUGGAUUACUUUAGAAUAGAGCGCAUCGCCAUAACUCGAUAAAAUUAAACAUUGUAAACUUUAUUUAAUUUCAUUAAAUGGGUUAGAUUUCGAUCAUUUGUAACAAAUGUUUUGCCAACCAUCAGCACGUAUUGUAAAAUGAACAGAUUCGUCAUAAAUGUCAUGAACUUGGCGUAUAUCACAUUUGACAUGAGAAACUUGACACUUAAAGAACAUGUAUGUAUCUAGAGGUAUGUUCGGGGAGCGCGCUAUCAGUACUAGCUGAGUAAAAGCAUCACUCAAUCCUUGUUUGACAUCUAAUGAGAGAUAAAGAUAGAAUGAUGCUUUAGUGCCGACAGUGUGCUUCCCGAAUGCACCAUGAAUCGUUCAGAUUCAUCAUAAAACUUCCAUAUAUACGCGUAGUCAAUUCUUUUUAAUUAUGUUGAAAUACUAACAAAUACAUUUUCUGUAUGAAUAAGAGAACAAAUAAUAGAAUAUAUAUGUUUUAGCUUAGACAAGAGUAGAUUUAAAUAAAUACUUUAUUCUUCUUAAAUC